AUGAGACCCAAAUCACAAAGACGAUUACUUUUCCCAUCUCCUAGCGUUUUAAGUGGUGCAGAGCGCGAGCCUCAAGUAAACGAUUUUGAGUCCCUGAGCAAAAAAGCCUUAGGAGAAGGAGCUUUUGGUGAAGUUUAUAAAGUCCGUCACAAAAUCUCAAAAGAGCUCUAUGCAAUUAAGGUAGUUUCUAAACAAAAAGUUGUUUCAGCAAAUUUACUCCCUCAGCUCCGUAGAGAAAUAAGAAUCAUGUACAGUCUUAGCCAUCCUCAUAUUGUCAAGCUAUAUAAUCACUUUGAAGAUGACAAUAAUUUCUACUUGGUAUUAGAACUGGCCGAAGGUGGAACUUUAUGGCAAAGGUUGGCAAGAUUUAAAAGCUUUGAUGAAGCUUCAGCAGCUCAAUACAUAAGGGAACUGAUUUUAGCUUUAGAAUAUCUGCACUCAAGAGAUCCACCAAUUAUUCAUAGAGAUAUCAAGCCAGAAAAUUUGCUAUUGGACAAAGAAGGAAGAGAUGGAAGAAUAAAAGUUGCCGAUUUCGGAUGGUCGAAUUUCUUCAACGCCGAAAGAACUCGUAUGACUUAUUGUGGCACAUUAGACUAUUUAGCACCUGAAAUGAUCAACCAGCAAGGCCACACAACAAGUUUGGAUUUAUGGAACUUAGGUGUUCUGCUAUUUGAGCUGCUAACUGGAAGUGCUCCAUUCCAAGCACCAACUCAAGCUGCUAUGUUUGAAAAAAUCCUCAAAGUGAGAGUCGCUUUUCCUAAGAAUUUCCCGCCGUUAGCUAAAGAUUUAAUUUCAAGACUCCUCAGGGCUAUCCCUGAUGAAAGACUUUCUCUAAUUGAAGUAAUGAACCAUCCUUGAAUGCAAACACAUCAGCCAAUCAGACCUACAAUGACUCAGACGGUCCAAAGGGAAGCCUUGCCUUGCCAACUUGAAGCAGGUGAUGAAACUUCAGACAUUGCUUCAGAAGACCCAAUAAAACCUUUCCAAGAAACAGAAUAUAGAGUUUUAUCAAAAAUAAACAACCCAAGAGAAGAAGAAAAGAAAUUAGAAGUUGUCCCGAGUCCACAAAACAAAUCGCCUUCUCCUGUCAAGCAAGCCAAACAACAGGCCCCUUCAAAUUUGGAAAACGAACUGAAACAAACUAGGGAUGAAAAUAAAAAAUUCCAAGAACAAAUUGAUGAUAAAGAAGCUGAGCUAUCAAGAGUUAACACAAGGAUUCAAGAACUAGAAAAUAUUGUAGCCAAGCUAGACGCUGAGUAUGAAGAUAAAAGGAAAAUGGAAAAAAGCCUUAAAGACCAGCUUGCUGAAAAAUCAAAUAGGAAUGCUGAGCUAGCCGAGCUGCAAGAAGAUGAAAGCAAAUUGUAUACUGAAUAUGAAGGACUAAGAGCAAAAUGCUUGGAAAAGGAAACGGAAUUAAAUUUGCUAAAGACAGAAAUUGAGAAUAUGGAAAAAUUGUCAAAAGAAAAAACUCAGCAAGCAAGCGAUCUUGAAAGAGACGUUGAUAGAGUUAAAAGUGAUAUCGACCAGACUAAAAUGAAGUAUAAUAAGUCUAAAUCUGAAAUCCAAGAACAAUUUGCAAAGAUUUCAGGAGAAAUAGAUGAACUUCAAAGAAGCCUUGGGAAUAAGGAUAGAGACAGCUCAGUGGUUUCAGUUGAAGCUUUAUUGGCAUUCACACAAGAAAAUUUGGACAUUUUAAAAAAUCGCGCUAGAGUUGAAAACGAGUUAUUGAAGCAAUAUCAAGAUGCGAAUGAAAGGCUAAUUCAACUUGAUAAUAAAUAUUCAGAAAUGAGGCUGGCCUAUGAAAAUUAUUUGAAUGAACUCAAAAAACAUAGCGUAAAUAGAGAAGCUGAGUUUGGGAAUAUAAAGCCUGCAAAUAUUAAUUCCCAAGGAGAAUUAGAAUCUAUAAAAGACAGACUAAGAGAGUGUAUUGGGAAGCAAUACUCAAACAAGCUUCUUAAUGAAGAAUUAGUUCAUUUACAAUCCCUGGUUAACCAAUAUGAAAAAUCAUUAGGUCUCGCCAAGAAGCAAAGCCAAGAUUUAGAUUAUUUAAGACAAGUUAAUCAAAAGAAAAGCUCGAGCCAACAAUAUUAUAAGAAAUAA